AUGCCGGAUUGGGACUUAGUAUCGCUGCCCAGGGCCCCACCCUUAUUCGCCGACCUGACUGAGCGGGAACUGUACCUUGUCAAGAGCGUCUCCCAAGGACGAACGCGCAUCGACCAGUUCUUAAUCUCGUCAAGCUUUCGCAUCUGCCACCACAGAGCCUUUGCGCAACAACUCCACAACGCCACUUCAUGGGUUCAAGACUCGUUGAUCGCCACGGCAGCUCUCCUGGCUUGCGAGUAUGAGCCUGGUUCCGGCCAUGAGGACCGAGUCAUCGGCCACAGACGCGCAGCUUCUGCAGUUUCCACAUUGCGGUCUGUGAAGAACGUCGAUUCUGGAGUCCUUCCUACUGUUCUGAUGCUUUCAGUAAGCGCAAUCACCUUUGCCCUACAUAUUUCGGGACAAUCGUUGGAGAUAUGCCGAUACAGCCUCGACCUCAUUAAGCCCAUAUACGAGUCGACAACGAAACUUACCUCAGACUGUCUCGCCUUCGUCAUCUGUCUCGUUCAAGCCGAGACUGAAGAGUGUAUUUUACGGGGCGAGGUACCAACCUUACGAUUCAAGGCUGAGGGACUAGAUGAUGUCGUUGAUCGAUACCUAGGCAUCGCAUGGCCCAUGUUGCCAUACCUUUACGACGUUUGCAAGAUCGCCAAUUCGCUACGCCAUGACAAACACCUUGAUAUAUCUGAAAUUACUCAAGCUUUAGACGCAAUUGAAGUGGCCGUUGAGGGAUGGAUACCAAGAAUGCCCGAAAGCCACAUUACUCGCUUCUUGCAAGAAGAGCUGGCUAGUAUUUUGGCUCAAGCAAGACUAUAUCGCUGGUCCGUUUUACUUAUCACACACCGACUAAGACGUCCAUAUGGUGCAGCGGCAGCAAAAGGGACGGUCAUCUCAAAUGCCAUCCUAGAAGAGCUGCGCUUGAUUCUCCAGUCCACCGGGCGCUCGGUACCAGGUGCCAAUAUCCCGUACAUGUUCGCUUGCUUUGAGUUGGUCGAUCCAGCUAAACGCAAAAUGGCGCUUGAGAAGAUUGACGCUGUCGUUGAAUUUUCCAAAGAACUGAGAAUCAAGGUCAAGAAGCAAUUGACAGCGUUUUGGAUCAUCAAAGAUAACACGGAUCAAAUCCAUUGGAGGGACAUCAUCUCAUGGCUUCCUCAAUGA